AAAUUCGUCAACAACAUUGUAUAUGUCGUCUUGUCGCUCCGGAAUACUGAAAAGAAGAUAAUAAAGCUUCAGUUCACAUUAUUAGUAGUUAACAGUGUUGUGACAAAUUAACAAAUUAUCAUAGUUCAUGAUAUUUUUUCUGUACGUACCUCAAAGCCCUCACUUUCCUCAGUAACAUUUAUGUUCAAAGUUUUUUGACUACUUCCAGCAUGUGACACUCACAGUUUUAUUGCAGCCCUUUAUAGCAGAAACAGUGUAAUGGAAGUAUCAAGUGAUAGACGAAGAAACGAUCUCUCACAAAGGAAAACUGCCAGUAAAAAGAUGCAGACUCUCAGUCAAGAUGGACACGGAGAAACGGACAAGUCCUCUGAAUCCCUAAGUCGUUCUGGAAAAACACAAAAUCCCAAAGUGAAAAAACGUGCAAUUGAAGUCGUCACUCAGUCUUCUGGGACUACCUGUAAUGCUUUGUCCACUGAGUCAGCAAAAGCAAAAAAGAUAAAGCUCAGAAACUUGUCGCAUCAAACCGGUAAUACAUUUAAAAUUGCUUUAAAUCCAAUCAGUGUGCCAGAUGAUUCUAUUGUCAAAGUAGAAAGAGAGGAUUCUUCAAAUCUAUCAUGCACCGAGGAGAUGGAGGUAUCAGAUUCAGUUGUUGUUUCAAACAAUAUCAGAAUCAAACAAGAAAUGGAAGAAUCCAAUGAAGACUGGCAGCAUGACUUAAAUUGUCUUUGGGAACCUGUUGAAAUAGAACAUUGUGAGCAAAAUGUAAAUCCUUCCAGUAAUGUGUCCAGGUUAGAGAACACCAUCGCAGGUGAAGAAAUAGAAAAUUCUUCACCAGCUUUGAAUUCUCCAGAAUAUAACGGGAGUUCUAAAAGAACACUUAAUUAUGUUAAAAUGUACAGGGAGGGUACAUUAAGAGCCAUGGCUGAUAUUGCUAAUGAACAUGCCGCACUAGCAGCUAAAUCAAAUGAUCCAGUUGAGCCUGUCCAACCGAAAAAAAUCAUUCCGCUUGAGUUUUUAGAUAAAAAACCAAAAGUUUCUGAUCAAAUGAAGCUUAGUAUUCUUGAGGAAGCCAAAACUAAUUUUGAAGAAGCUACUUUAAAGCAAUCCAAUAAUCCAAUAGAGCCUGUCCAAGCAAGAAAAAUCACUCCGAGAGGGUACUUAGGCAAGAAACCAAAAUUUUCCCAUCAAAUCAAACUUAGUAUUCUCGAGGAAGCCAAAGCUAAUUUUGAAGGAGCUACUUUUAAGCAAUCUAAUAAUCCAGUAGAGCCUGUCCGAGCCAGAAAAACCAUUCCGCGAGGGGUCUUAGCUAUGAAACCAAAAGUUUCCCAUGAAAUCAAACUUACUAUUCUAAAGGAGGCCAAAACUAAUUUUGCACAAAUAGCAUCAUGUUCCAAAGAAAACGAUGAGGGAAAAAUAGUUACCUCAGUCAUGUCUAAACAAGAUGGAAGAAGACAAAGUUACUUCACUGAACCAAGCCUUGGAAACUUGCCGAGUCUGAAAGAAAGCAUUGAUUUGAGGAAACCAGAAUCUUUUGACAUUAUUGACAAGACAGAAAUAGAAGAAUGUGUUAAAGUAUUUAUCAAAGAGGAACCCAUUUCUGAAGAGUUCAUAGAACAAAAUUCCGUAGGCAGUGAAACAGAAUUUAGCCUCAAACACUGUAAUGAUGAAUGGGAAAGACACAGUGAUUUUCAAGUAUUAGAGGAUGAUGAAAAAUUGAGAAAAUGUGCUCAGGUGGCAAGAAAAUUAGCCCAAACUUUGAAAGCUGGAAUAGAAUGGGUCAAGCCUCUUGUGGACGAAUUUGACAAGAAAAAAAUGAAAAGAAUUUCUAAAAAAGAUAAAGAGGAGUCGAUUUUGGAAUGUAAAUUAGCAAUUCUAAAAAUCGAUAAAGCACAAAAGUUAGCAUUAAAACACUUAUGCAUCGUUCAUUUUUUAAACCCAAUUAACAAGAAUGUAAAUUCUUUAAUGCAUCCGAAUUCUGAAAACAAAGAAGACAAAGUUGAAGAAUUGUCACGCAGAAUGGCAGAAUUCUCUGAAAUUGUUGAUACGCUCGCGAACAAAAAAGAAGGGAAAAAAUUAUCUCAAGAACUCAAAGAAUCAGUGAAGUUACUCGAAACAGUUAAAUUAUUUGAAAAAUCGGUGAAGGAAGAGUUAGCUAUUCUUGAAAAGGAUACACCCAAAUCACCACCCAAAUCACCGCCCAAAUCACUGCCCCUUAAAGAUGUGUCAAAAAAUAAACGUUCCAGGAGAUCAAAAAGAACGAUCAAAAAAGAGAAGAUGUCAGAACCCUGUGUGAAGGGUCUAUCCCUUGAUAAAGUUCAUGUCAUGCCCUCCCAAUUACUGAAGAUUGCUACUUUAAGUAAGAAUUUUUAUCCUCAAAGAAUCAAGAAAUCUUGGGAACUGGAAGAACAAGAAAGAGAGGAAAAAAUGAAACUUGAGCAAGAAAUGGCCAAACAGCAAUUAGCUGCCAUGAAUUUAUCUUCUGAAUGUGUCCAGAAAGGAAAGUCUCUUACAAAGCAUGCUCAAACUACAGAAAUUGUAAUCAAAAUUAACACUGCUGAAGAAAAAGUUACUAAUGCUCAGUCAAAGAAAUCGCCAAAACAUAGUAAAAUGCUGGGGCAGAAAAGUAGCAGUAGAAUUUGUUAACCAUCAGGAGAGGAACUAUAAAACCAAACGGCAGCAAAGGCAGGAACUGAAGUCUACUCGAGGUCAACCGACUAGUCCUAGAAAUGACACUUUUAGUCUUUUACUUCAAAGCCUUGUCCUCUCUUACUUUCAACACUAGAGCUAGAUUACAUGUAAGUCCUGUCUUUUGUAUGUCUGCAUCUAUUCCUAGCUGUAUGCCCAUUCCAGAGACCAAAAGUUUGCAGAUAAACAGACGGCCAGACUCAAUGAGUGUGACCGUGUUCCAAAACCUCUCUCAACCUAGGGAAACUUCUACAAGCAGCCCUGAAAGGAGCCCUUGUAUAUCUGCUGUCGAAAAUAAACAUACUGUAACUCAACUCUAAAUUUUCUCCUUUGCUUUCUGACAAAAUAUUUUAUUACAGAAAUACUAACAAGCAUUCGUCCUCCAGAAUUCUAGUGUACCUGUUGCAUACUACUUAGAACUCAAACUGAAAAACUAGAGCAUAUUGGCGAUCAGUUUAUUUCUUCUUAGAACAGUAAUUGUGGAAGUAAAAAGCAAAAUAUUGAUUAAAGUUACAGCAUUUUAGCUGUGGACAGCAGAUGUCUCCCUACAUUGUUACCAGAAGGAUUUUAAAUCUUUGAUAAUAAUCCUAAUCACUUUGCUCCGUAGAAUCUUGGGUACCCCACUUUGAUCUCUCUUAAAAAAUCUUCCAUUAUACAAUAAAAACUCACUAAGUCCAUCACCUGUCUUUGUGAAAACAAAAAAACCGCUCAAUUCGAAUUUUUUUUGGUUCUUAGACAUUCCUGCAUCAAGCAUGAUGAAGAACUUAUUUAAUGAUGAAUUCAUGAUUAUCACAUACUGUAGUGGCAUGUGUAGAUGCACUCAUGUUAAAAAACCUGACGCCACAGCUGCCCUCUUCUCGCCGUGAAUAAGAGGAUAAAUCAGAUUCCUUACUCAUCGUGUCACAGCAGUCAAAAAGUAUUUUAAAUAAAGCUAUCAUUUGUACAAUGUACAUUCUAAUUUCAGAAGAGGCAAAAGUAAAGUUUUUUUCCCUCCUCAAAAGUGUGUCAAGAAGUGUACAUAUAAAACAGAUUAUUUUCAUAUUGUUGAAUUAUUAAAAAUUUAUUUGAAAGAGUCCUGUAAGAGGUUGCGACUCAAGCAAAUUGAGGGUCUGUUUUUUUUUUUUUUUUUGGUUUGACAGUGCUUCAGAGACUAUUGUACGUGGCCUUUUCUGUCAAUGUUAACCCUUGUUAAUUUUAGGAUUCAGUUAUAUUUUUUCAUUAGUCUCUAAGAACUUGUAUCUCAAUCCUUAAUAUUCUUGUCUUUAAGUGCUCCGUUCUGUUAGAUUAUUUUUUAUACGGUAAUUUUUUUUAUGUUUUACUUUCUAGAGACAAUAUUCUUGUUAAGUAAGAAUCAAAUGUGAACGCAUAUUUUGGCAAGCUCAGAGCUUUAUAUAUUGCUCUGAGUUUUGGGCUCAUUUUGUGUAUGAAAGCUCAAUAAUGUUCUAUGAUCUAGAUUCAGCUUGAAGAAAUCAUCCUGCAUCAGCCUUAAAAGAAGAAAGAGGUUUAAAUAUUUUUUACUUCGUAAGGUUCAUUCUUCUGUAUUUCAAAUCUUUGUCAAAGCUGUCCGUUGGAAAGUUGAUCUGUCAAACUAUGAUUCAUUGAGGAUUAGGGCUGAUUAAAUGUUCAUCUCAGGUUUGUAUAACGUGAAUGAGGAAGUCCUGCCCUAAGCAAAAAAUAAAUCGUGUCAUAUUUUGAUUCAUUCCCCACUUUUUCACUCUUAUGUAAACAUUAAUUUCAGAAUGCCUCAAAGUGUAUUAUUGGCAUGAUUUUUAUGCCGUCAACAAAGUUUGAUCCUUGAACUAUACUCUGUAGGUGAUAGUUAUUUCUUUUUUCUUGAAUAUGGUAUAUAUUGUUGACUUUCCAAUUUGGGAAUGAUAAGAAUAAUUUUAUUUUGAUUAUGGCAGUGCAGAAUUAUGUUAAUAGUUUCUAAAAUUGGAGUUUUGUGCUUUACCUUUUUUUUAUACCCUCUUUUUUUAUCAUUGUUGUAAUUUUUAAGAAUUACCUUUCCCUCUUCUAUUUUCUCACUUCAUGAACCAUUAGUGUGUUUAGGUAAUGAAACCAGGGAAAGCACCUCCCUGUGUAGAACGCUUGUGCCUUGCUUAAACUGUAAAUUCCUAAGUUAACAUUUAUGUAUUUCAGGGUAUUAUAAUAUUUUUGAAGAAAAAGUAGAUGAUAGCUUUAAAAUCAUCAAUAGCACGAGGAGGCACCUGAGGAAAUAUGAUGUGCAGAGUUUCAUUUUUAUGUUUUGAUCAUAAAAUUACCAAGUAAGGGGCCAUUCAAGUAUCCCGAAAGACAUUUUGACCAAAUUUAUGACCCCUCCUCUUCCUUUGUCAGGCACCUGUAAGACAAUGUCUCACCCCCUCUUUUGAAUUACUUAAGACUAGCCUAAGCCUCCCCUCUUCCUCCCUCCCAAGGUUUCAGAACAUAUCAGAGAAAGCUUUAAUAAUAGCUUGAAAAAAUUAUUUUACUUGAAUUUUUUUUUUUUUUUUUUUUUAUCAAAAUGAGUAGUUUAUGUAAUACUAAAUCUGACUCUCCUCCCUCUAGUAAUACACCACGUAAGGCAAGCCCAGGCACCCCUCCUUUCCAUUAUGUAGCCUACUUAAUACAUAAACGACCCACUGCGAACUAUGUGUACCUACUGUAAAUUUGUAUUUUCGGGUACUCUCAAUCAGUGUAAAUAUUCUAGUCGUACGUAUGUAAUGUAAUUUCCUUUAUGACCUUUACUCUAUUUUUUGAACUAAGAAAAUACGUUUGUACUUCGAAAGUUAUCCUGACUUGAGAAAUAAAUAUUUUCUGAAUAAAUUAAAACUUAAAAAUUUAUCUAUGUUAUGAGUCUCAAUCUGCCUUUAAGAUUUUAAACAAAUAAAUUUUUCAUUCUUGAGCGCAGGAAAUUUUUUGCUCUGAAUGGGUUUUUCAGAUAAAUUUGAACAUUUGUCGCAACAUGCAGUAAGCAGUAACCAUGACUCACUUUGAUACUUAAAUAAUUUCAGAGGCCAAAUAUGUUUCAAAAUUAAGUCGUUAUGCCUUUAUCAAAUUUUUUGACGCCUCCUUCAUCAACUUAGGUGCCAGUUACUUUCUAUGUACUGUAAAAUCUUGUUAUUGUUUUUUUACAUUUUGACUGUAAUGUGCUGAUAAAGAUGAAUUUCUAUAAAUUGAUAAUAAACGGAAAUAGAGAGGAUCGAAUCCAACAAAA